AUGACCGAUAGACAUUUUUCUCCACAACAGGGGCUUGUGCCUCAAUCAUCGCUCCCGGAGGAGCUCAACUCCAGUUCGAUGGUCCAAAGAGGGGGCGUAAGUAUGCCAAGACAACAACAACAACAACAACAACAACAAAAGGAAGAAGAAGAACAGGAGAACUCGGGACUGGCUGUUUCCGAGGAAGAAUUCCGGAUGGUGCAGGAGCUGCAAGCAAUUCAAGCGGGCCAUGAACAAAUAGAUCUGCCGACAAAUAAUCGAGGGUCGCUCGAAGGCGAAGACAAUGACGAUAGUGAUGGCGCGGACGAUGACGACGAGGAGUACGAUGUAUUCAAAAAUGUAGGUCAAGGGUUGGUAGGCCAUUAUAGAGAGAUAAUGAUACGUUACUGGCAAGAAUUGAUCAACGAGAUUGAGUCCACGAACGAACCUGGCUCGGAACAUCAAGACGACUUCAAAUCACACUCGCUACCUUUUGCAAGGAUUCGGAAAGUUAUGAAGACGGACGAGGACGUCAAGAUGAUUAGUGCGGAGGCCCCCAUCAUCUUUGCCAAAGCCUGUGAGAUCUUCAUCACAGAAUUGACCAUGCGGGCUUGGUGCGUGGCAGAAAGAAACAAAAGGCGUACUCUGCAGAAGGCAGAUAUCGCAGAGGCCCUACAAAAGAGUGACAUGUUUGACUUCCUUAUCGAUGUUGUUCCCAGAAGACCACUUCCUCAGUGA